UCCUACGCCCAAAAUGGCGGCAGUAUUGAAAAGUUUGCUGCUGUUUUUGUUUUAUUUUAACGUAUUUGGUCGGUCUCCUUCCACUUUGGAAUAAUUCCGCGAUUUGGGAGCAAAGAAGAGGAUUAGUGGUUUAAUUCCGAUCCAUGUACAUGUGAUAUGGAUCGGUGUGUUUUUCUCCGCCGGGGUGGUUUGUUUAGUUUACAUUUGUGAAGCGCCACCGUUGACGUGUAUGAUCCAGAUGGCACUGAACCCAUGGACAUCACUCCUAUGAACUUCAUGAAGUUAAAAUGAAGAGCUUCUGUACGUAGAGAUGGAGGAUGAUGUAAAGAAAGUCAAAAAGCCAGGUAUUGUGUCUCCGUUCAAGCGGGUGUUUCUGAAAGGAGAGAAAGGAAGAGAUAAGAAGGCUCUGGAGAAGUCCACGGAGCGCCGGACACUCCACACUUUCUCCCUCUCUCUCCCGGACCACCGCAUCGAUCCCGACAUUCUGCUCAAUGACUACAUUGAAAAGGAAGUGAAGUAUCUGGGACAGCUAACCUCAGUUCCUGGAUAUCUGAAUCCCUCCAGUCGCACUGAAGUUCUGCAGCUUAUUGACAAUGCCAGGAAGUCUCAUCAGUUGGCAGGGCAGCUGACAACAGAUCAGGAUGCUGUUGUCAGUCUGUCUGCAUAUAAUGUGAAGCUUGUGUGGCGUGAUGGAGAGGACAUCAUUCUCCGUGUGCCCAUCCAUGACAUCGCAGCUGUGUCCUAUAUCAGAGAUGACUCACUCCAUCUAGUGGUGCUAAAAACAGCUCAGGAGCCUGGAGGUUCUCCAUGUCACAGUACAGAGAUGUCAAAGUCUCCCACGCUGAGCUCUCUAUCGGAAAGUGGGGCUGUGCUUGUGGAGGUCUGCUGCCUGCUUGUGCUGGCCGUCGAUAACAAGGCUGCUGCAGAAGAACUCUGUCUACUCCUCAGUCAAGUCUUCCAGAUCGUCUAUACAGAGUCAACCAUUGACUUCCUGGACAGGGCAAUCUUUGAUGGAGCCACAACGCCCACCAGGCAUCUCUCUAUCUAUAGUGAGGACUCCUCAAGCAAAGUAGAUGUCAAAGAGGUGUUUGAGGCAGAGGCAAGCACAUUUUCAUUCCAGAGUUCUCUAGAGGCGGGGCACUCCUCUUGCCCCUCCCCUUCCUCCACCCCAGCCUCACCACAUACCAAACCACCCAGUGAGAGUGAACUGAGCACAACAGCUGCUGAACUGCUGCAGGAUUAUAUGACCACACUGAGGACGAAGCUGUCCUCUCAGGAGAUUCAGCAGUUUGCCACACUGUUACAUGAGUACCGAAACGGGGCCUCCAUCCAUGAGUUCUGUAUCAACCUGCGACAGCUUUAUGGAGAUAGCAGGAAGUUCCUGCUCCUUGGACUGCGGCCUUUCAUUCCUGAAAAGGACAGCCAGCACUUUGAGAACUUUUUGGAAACAAUCGGUGUGAAGGACGGUCGCGGCAUUAUAACAGACAGCUUUGGCCGUUACAAACGCACUGCAAGCUCUGCAUCAGACUCCACCACUAAUGGGAAUGGAGCUGUGGGUGGUUCGGAUGAGGGAACGGCGACCUCUGAGGGCGACGAAUGGGACCGCAUGAUUUCAGACAUCAGCAAUGACAUUGAAGCGUUAGGAACCAGUAUGGACCAGGACGGUGUGCCUUCUUGAUGUCAUAACACUAGGUCAGGGACUCAAUGUGUGUUUUAGCCAAUCACCACUUGAUAUAAUCACAUGGGCCAUUGGUCCAUAUUGCUGUCCAUCGAGUCUGACAAUGCUGGAGUUUGGAUACUGUACUUGUAUACUGUAUGCAUAACACUUCCUGGCUGUCACCCUUAUUCUCAUAUGCUGUGCCAUAGGACCACAACUUCGAUGUUCAGAUUUGAUAAUCGUGAUUUUUAUGACCCAUGAUGUAUAGAAGGUUUGUCUUUUGCUGUGAACAGCAGUUGUAUUUCUGUAGGUAAUGUUUAUUGGCAGUAUCUGCUACCACUUAUGAGGAUUUUUGGGCAUGUAAAUGUUGCCCUUUCACACUGUGUGAAGGGGAAAUUUUACCUAGAUUGUGGAGCAUUGCUGAGUGGCCUUUCUAAACUGUAUUCUGGAUGCUUUUUAAAAUGUGUAUUGAAACCUGAUGGAAGUGAAGUGCAGUAUAUUUCCUCCCUUACUGAAGUGCUUAUCAAAACUCGACCCUUAGUUAGAAUUUUACACCCUUAUGUUAACUGGUCAAAGUUUGUGUUAAACUUGUUUUUCCUCUAAUAUUAUAAGCAUAUUUUUUUACUCUUCGAUUUUUAUUUUUCCAGCCAGGAUUGGUUAUAAUUACCCAGUUAUUAUUACCAUGUGGGUUUCUUCAGGUAGUACAUGUAGCACUAUAUAUUUUUGUUUUUGUUUUUUUACUGAAAACCUGGAAAAUGUUGAUAUUUGACAAAGUCAAUUUUCUGGCUGAUUGAGAAUGCAAUAUUGUGUGCAUUAAAUUUGUCUUGCCAUUUAUUGUUUCCUUCUCAGAGUUUUCAGUAAUCUAACAUUGUGCCUUGCAGAAUAACUGCUCAUUAUAUCAUCCAACAGGGAUGUAAGGAAUAUUCUGUAAUCUGUACAGAACGUUACUGAAGUAUGAAUUUAUUAAAAGUGCAGCACUUAAAGCCUCUUUUAA